AUGCCUUACAACACGUACUUGACGCUGGUGAAGAAGCGCGGCACGUUCAUCAUGGUGGGCAUCCCCAAUGACGACGCGAAAAUCAGUCCGAUGUUAGUGGUGGCCAAGGGCAUCACGUGGGUGGGCAGUCUCGUUGGUUCCCUGCAGGACACCACGGAUAUUGUAACGGGCCAAUUAUCUCGUCCUGCCGUGGGGCGGGUCGUCGCUCCACAGUGCUGCGCUGCGGCGUCCGCUACCACUAGAACGUAG